GGGACUAUUUAAUCAAAUUGUUAUGCAAACUUAUGUAUAGUUUAGGUCAACAAGCUUUUUGUUUAAAAUUUCCCGACUAGAAUCAUAAAAGGAUGUUAAGAGUUACGUUUUCACAACUAUGUACUAAGGCUACUGUAGCGAGUGCAUGCCGUGACUCACAUACGUUUUCCUUUUCUCACCGAUUUGAGGAGCUCUUGAAGGAUCCUCAGGGUCCUUUAAGUGGCAAAGAGUAUGUUUUCAUGAGGGAAUGCUUGGCUAAGUAUCGCACUUUGCAACAGAUUUAUGCAGUAAAACAAAACGACAUAGAGAGAGCACGUGCAGCGGCGCAUAUGUGUGGUCUUGAAUUUACAAAGCGAAAAUAUCGUUCAGACGCAAGCACGGAGAUCGAAUAGUUGCACGUAAAAUUUUUGUGUUGAGAUUCAUUAAGUAAAUUACUUAAUUGGAGCCAGUUAAUCUACCUUUGGCGCCUUAUUUGAGGAGCUACCGAAAUCCUCAUUCGAUCAGUAGUAUAUGCUAAAAGAGGUGUCUACUGAAUUUCAACAUUCAUAUUGCACCUGCUUACCAUAUCUUUUUUUUUCAUACCGUGCUAUUGAAAACUACUUUUCUUUUCUCUUUUGCACUUAUGCUCUCGUAAUAUUUUUGUUGACGGUGAAUAACGCGUAAGUUGGGUUUAAUAGUCUGAAGGCAUCAGUAAGAGGAGAUGAUCAUACGUGAUUUAUUACCUCCCUUCAGUAUUGUGCGUUUCCUCUAAAGUGCUUUCAUUAUGGGUUUAGUGAUUAGCGCGGGUAUAUUCAGUCAUCUAUACAUUUAAAAAUAUAGAGUGUACUGGCAUUAAGGUUUUCAUAUGCUUUGUUGUUGCUUAGUACUUGGAUUCGUAAAUAUCUUAGCCUUCGUUGAGUUUAUACAGAGUGAUGCAUUCAGUUCAGUUUUAUCCUUGGUUCUGUCGUCUUUUUGCAGGUAUACACAUAUUCUCAAUAUACUUCGCUUCGAAACCUUAGAAGAAGAGGACAUUUACUAUUCAGUUUCAUAAAUAUUACAUUUUCCCACUACUCCUUCGAAUAUGGGAAGCUGGUUUUCUUCUUUAUUGGGCAAGAAAGAGGUCCGCAUCUUGAUGGUUGGUCUGGAUGCGGCGGGAAAGACCACGAUACUUUACAAGCUCAAGCUCGGUGAGGUCGUGACGACGAUUCCCACGAUCGGCUUCAACGUUGAAACGGUCGAGUACAAGAAUCUUAAGUUCACCAUGUGGGAUGUCGGUGGCCAGGAUAAACUGCGCCCCCUCUGGCGCCAUUACUUUCAGAAUACAAACGGCAUCAUCUUUGUUGUAGACAGCAACGAUCGUGAGCGUAUUGGAGCGGCGAGGAGAGAACUAGAGAAGAUGCUAAUGGAGGACGAGCUUCGUAAUGCUGUUCUGCUUGUUUUUGCCAACAAGCAAGAUUUGCCUAACGCCAUGAGCACAACUGAGGUAACUGAGAAGCUCGGGUUGCAUGCGCUUCGUCAGAGAAAUUGGUACAUCCAGGGCUGCUGUGCGACGACUGCACAAGGACUGUACGAGGGUCUUGAUUGGCUUUCGGCAAAUAUUAAGAAGUUUGCCCUCUGA